AUGAGAGAUAUCAAAGUCCAGAAGCUUGUCCUCAACAUUUCCGUCGGCGAAAGCUACGAUCGUCUCACACGCGCCGCUAAGGGGAGACAAGGCAAUGUAGCUUCUGGAGAGUGGGUUGAAGGUCAAGGAGUAGUAGCUGUUGCGCCGCAACUUCAGUAUGAUCCUUCAACUGGUAUUUAUGGGAUGGACUUCUAUGUGGUUCUAGAACGCCCAAGAUACCGUGUGGGUUGCCACUGA